CUACUACGUCUCGAGCCCGGCAAAGUGGAGCGCCGAGCGGUCAGCGAUCGGCUGGCGAGGGCUGGAGCGGGCGUGCAGACCGCGAAGACCGCGUGCGAUUGGUCAGCGCCGGGAGGGCAUCCCCGGUGUGGGGUCCUGCGGCUCGGCGGGCUAUGGCUUCCGGCGGCUGGCGCUGGCUGCGCGCCCUGCGGGCCUUGGGGCAGCCCCUGUUCCAAGGCCGUGCGCUGCUCGUCACCAACACGCUGGGCUGUGGUGUUCUCAUGGCGGUCGGGGACGGUGUGCGCCAAUCCUGGGAGGUCCGCGCCCGGCCUGGCCAGAAGUUCAACCCCCGGCGCUCAGCGAGCAUGUUUGCAGUGGGCUGCAGUAUGGGUCCCUUCCUGCACUACUGGUACCUCUGGCUGGACCACCUGCUCCCAGCGUCUGGCCUCCGUGGCCUCCCAAACGUCCUCAGGAAGGUCCUCAUCGACCAGCUGCUGGCCUCUCCCAUGCUAGGCGUCUGGUACUUCUUGGGCCUGGGCUGCCUGGAGGGCCAAACCCUGGAUGAGAGCUGCCAGGAGCUGCGGGACAAGUUCUGGGAAUUCUACAAGGCCGACUGGUGUGUUUGGCCGGCAGCCCAGCUGGUGAACUUCCUCUUCGUGCCCCCGCAGUUCCGAGUCACCUACAUCAACGGCCUGACGCUGGGCUGGGACACGUACCUCUCCUACCUGAAGUACCGGAUCCGGAGCCAUCCACUCCUGGCUGUGUGGCCCUGGGCACUGUGCAGACUGAGCUGCCCCAGCCCUCCCAGCUGGGUGCCAGACAGGGCGAGACUGACUCUGGGCACAACAGGCCUGGUCCCGGCCCCUCCCCAACCCCUGGGCAUCUGGCUGGGCUGCCUCUUCCAAGCCCAGUAUAAGACCUGUUUCCCCAUCUGGAAGACAACCGUGAAGAUGGUCAUCCAGGAGCCCCUCUCAUCACAGGCCCUCUGUGAACCAGUGACACACGUGUUCCCAUCUACAGCACAUGGCCCAAGCCAGGCAGUCCCAAGCCCCAGCCCCUCAACACGGUUAUGAGCUGGGCAUUGGGCACAAGGCGGGGACACAGCCUGGAGUUAGCCCCCAGAAUCCGGAGCCUAAGGCAAGGCCUAGUGGCCUCUGUCUCAUACUCAGGUCACAGGCUGUAGAAAUUCUAUUAAAUUCUCUCAUCAUUGCAAUUCCUGUGGGUGACCAAGGCCACCAUGGCAGGCUGGCACUCAUAGGGACACAGCGUCA